GUCAACGAUGCCGAGGUCUAUCCUGCUGCCGUGCCCGUGGCCCCGACAGGAAAGAAGGCGUCGAACAAGAAGAAUCGCAGUCAGGUGUCCCUUCUUGCAGACGGGCGCAAGGUCAUCCGCACGCUGCGCUUUGUCCAGACGAUCAAUGGGCGGUCCACCCACACAGUGUUCCAUGUCGCCGAGCUCCCGGAUGGAAAGGGGCUGCAGGGUAUCAUGCGCUGGGGAACGCUGCCCGAUACGUCAAUCAAUGGCGGCAGUAAGGUGUUUUCGUUCCCAACGAGGACAUCAUGCGCAUGCAUAUCGAUAACUUUAAGCUUCUGUUGAGCAUCGAGAACAACCGACUGAUCUACGACUCUGUGUACCCGAACGGCAUCCCCACCGCCGACCCGCCCCCAGACUCGACAACGUCCCCCAGCAUUCCUCAGAACCAUCUGUCCACUUCAACGAACAUGUCUGUUGCCGUUCCCGACUCCACCGCGGUAUCGCCAACGAUCGAGUCCGAGGCAACAUCGCCAGUUGUCACCACGGCAAACACUCUUGCUUCGACUCUGCCCGUCUCGCCCGUUGUGGCCAAGGCCGAGUUGCCCAAGGCCAAGGAGUCGGUCGCUAAGAACAGCGCGCGCGGCUCUCGCAAGAACUCGCCCCAGCCAAAAGGAAGAAAAGUUGGCAAUCGUGCCAGCGCUAGCGCGAGCGUCGAGCCCGAGGUUGAGACUGUCAAGGCAAAACCUGCAGCGGGCGUCCAGCGGGCUACCAAGGAGACGGGUCAGAAGGGCAAAGCGACAGCGAAAAAGGCAUCUGCUGUGUCUGACAAGGGGUCACCAACCCCCGAGCUGCCGAUUCAAAACAAAGUGUCCGAGCCUGUUGUGGACGCAAUGCCUAUUCUGGAACCAGUAUUGAUAAAGGAGGCAUUGCCUGCGCCAGCCAAGCCGGUGUCAGCGAGGAGCAAGUCGGCAGCCAAACUAAAGACGGCGGCUGCUGCGGCGGCUGCUGCAACUGCAGCACUGGUACCAGAACCAGAGCCAGUACCAGCCUCAACUCCAGCUCCGGCUCAGACGGAAGAACCGCUCGCCGACCCAGCCACAGUUGCAGAGACAAAUGCGUUGGCUGUGAAAGAAAAGAAAGGCGCAAAGGGCACGCGCAAGACGCCGGCCCCCAAGGAGAAGAAGUCACGGGCAAAGCCAAAGACUGCAGCUGCAAAGGGCGCCAGCAAUCCAGCUGCCGCGUCGCAGCCGGACGCCGAGGCGGUGCAGUCACCCACCGCCAGCCAGCCGCUGAUCCCCACCAGCGCUGGCGCUGGCGCUGAUGUUGGUGUCAAUAACCUUACUAGGCUCAACUCCAAUGCCGCCGCUGAGAAUGAAGCAAAUUUGUCUCAGAACCUGGAGAUGUCAGGAUCGGCACCCAUGGCCAAUGGCGCUGGUGCAGACCUGCUUUUAUCGCCGUCGAUGUUGCAUGUCACAGGUACACCUCUCCCUGUGUCUGUCUCUGCCACUGCUGCUGCUGGGCCUCCGAUUAUGCAGUCGCCACCUGGUUUGCAGAGCCCGGCUCCUGGCGGUUUGCCUAUGCAAAUGGCCCAGAUCGCUAUGGCUCAGCUGAAUGCACGACUGACAAGCAUGGCGCAGGCGAACGGCGGGCUUAGGAUGGAGCUGCCCGAAUUCCUUACCAAGGAAUAUCUGCAUGCCAAUCCUCAGUACACGACCAUGCUUCGGAACGAGAUAGCUCGAAUGGCCGUUCAGCAAAGAAUGCAGCAGCAAGGCAUUCAAAACGCGGGUAAUCUGGGUCCGAUGGGAUCCCCACAUGUGCGCCCAGGGAUUUCUCCUAAUAUGGCUGCCGCAGCCGCCCAAAUGGUGCAGACAACGCAGAACAACACCGGUAUGGCUGCGGGUGCAGGUGCUUCACCUGCACCGGUUGCAAAUCUUGGCACGCCUGUGCAGACCCCCAACGCAAACCCAAUGCUGACCAGCCCGAAUGUGCGCCCGGCGACGCUCAAUGGAAAUGCGGCAUUGCUGCAACAGCAACAGCAACAGCAGCAGCAGCAACGGCAACAAAUGCAGCAGCUUCAGCAUUUGCAGCAGCUGCAGGCCACUCCUGAGGAGAUGCUGCUUGUCCAGCAGUAUUGUCGCCUGUUUGGCCUGCAGAUACUAGGUGCCCAGGACCCACGGCUGAUCGUGCUUGUGGCUAAGGCCAAGUCUGGCGAGCUCAGGAGCCUGAUUAUGACGCGGAUGCAAGGCUUGAACGCCCAGCAGCAACAGCAGCAGAUGGCCGCUGGCGCCGGCCAAAUCCGUCCCAACGGACUUGUAAAUAUCGGGAUGCCGCAUCAGCCGCAGCCAAUGCAAGCUAACGCCUCAGCCAGAACUCGCCGGUGCCAGUCAACUCGCUUCCGCCUGGCGCUGCGAUUACCGCCGGUCAGACUCCGGCAAUGGCAAAUAUGCAGUUACCGCCCGACUUGGCGAAUAUGUCGCAGCAGGAUAAGGCCCGGCUUAUCGAGAUCAUGAUGCAAAGGCAGCGUGCUAUAAACCAGAACGCCGCUGCUGGACAGGUGCAGAACCCAGGGCCGCCGCUCAACCAGCAGGCUGUUGUCAACUUAUUCCAGCAGCAGCAACAACUUCAACAGCAGCAGCGGAAUAUGGCGAUGGCAGCAUCCGGAAACAUGGCUGUUCAAAGCUCUGCCGCUGUGUCGAUGCAGUCGCCGAUGGCUCUCCCGUCGCAGCCCGGCGGCAUAGCUACUCAGGCGCACCAAGCGCACCAAGCGCCAAUGUCAGCUUUGAUGGGCA